AUGCCACUCGCCACUACUGGUAGGCUCGUGCACUCUGUCAAGUCUCCCUUGACACCUCUCAUUACUCUCAACGGCAAAUUGAACCUCAUGUCUCGUCUCGCCGUCAUCUCUCUCGACCCGUACCUUGGUCAUUACAGUGUCGUUUGGGACUCUGUUUCCGCCAAGGACCCUCGAACUCCCGGGGCCGACUUUCAUGACGCCGUGAUCUCUUUGACGCGUCCUGAAGUCCCGCCCGCGUGGCCCAAGGAGUCUUCGCCUUCUCCCUCCGUGGCCCCAUGCUUGAGCGCGAACUUCUCCCUCACCAGCCCCCGCACCCCGUCUACCUCAGAGCCCGUCGUGCUCCGUGUCCGGGACACCCAGCUCGGCCUAUACCGCGCCGCCUCGCGCAUCGAACGCACCACCUCCAGCACCCGCGGCAGCCCCUCGCCCCCGCCUGCGAGCCCCAGCUCGUCGGGAUCACCGCGCCCCGGGCCGCGCAGCUCGCGCUCGUCCUCCUCCGCCUCCAACUCGUCCAGUGCUUCUGGGUCUUCGGCCCGGUCGUACGUCACCGCCUCCUCCUCCUCCCGCAUGUCCUCGUCCUCGUCCGCGAGCACCAAGCGCGCGCCGCGGUCGUUCUUCUUCCGCUUCGACUGGGACGCGUCCUUCCCGCGCCUCGGAUUCCGCCACGAGGGCAUGGACGUCUCCGCGCCCGGGGGGCAUGUCCUUGCGUUCUCGCCGCCCGACCAGGCGGACGACGCCGGGCGCCCGUUCCUCGUCCUGGAGCUCCGCCCUGCGGACCCGGCUGCGGACGGCGAGCCUGUUGUCGUCGUGGCCAAGAAGCAGGUCGACGAGUACACACAGGCGGUGCUCUCGGAUGCCGAGCGCGAACGCGUCGGAAUGGUCGCUGAGGAUGAUGGUGUGGGACGGUGCGCGACGCCGUGA